AGCAUGCAGACCACAAAAAUGCGUAAAAUUUCAAAAAUCAAUAAUUCGCCGCCAAACUCGAAGAUUCCAUGCAAUCUCAAAAUAAAUCCUCGAAAUGUUGCUUUUAAUUCCGUUAUUGUCAUCGUUUUUAUUCGAAAUCGCGGCCGGUUCACCUUGUAAAGACGUCGAAGUUUCUACGAAGUCGUACACGACAGAAGACGCAACAGUUCUUUCGCAGAUCGCGUACAUAAGCGAAUUCGUUGUGAAAUGCAAUCCGUCCUCGUCGAGCCCUGGAAAUUUAUACGCUUUAUUCAAGGAGAAUAUAAUACCUGUCGCGAACGUCGCACCCAACAAAUACCAGCUCAGUUGGACCGAAGAUCUGAAGACUGCCCAGGUUGGAGAAAUUGUUGUUAAGGUAUUCGACGAAGAUGGUUACGCUGCCCUGAAAAAAGCUUUGAGAAAUGGCGAUAAUAUUCAAGAGGUAAUGCAGUUUACCACCGUGGCAAUUUCCCACCCAGGUGCAUACAAGGGACCCUGCAUAAGUUGUGAAUUUUUAGCUGCACUGUUCUCUUUGUCAAUCGCAUAUUACGCUGUUCAUUUGAGAGUUAAGUUUGUUUCUUAAAUGUUUGUAUUUCUUUCAAUAAACCCAAAAGAUUCUCAAUAUCCAUCGAUUCUUUUUUCAUCUUCGAAGA